GCCUGAAAUUGUGCUUCAAAAUCCCUUAAAUAUCUACCGUAUAGAAAUGAAGAUAGAAGAUGUGAAUGACAAUACUCCCAAAUUCUCUAAAGAUAAAUUUAAUCUGGAAAUUCCAGAGAAUGUUCCUAUAAACACACAGUUUCUCUUGGAAUCUGCCCAAGAUGAGGAUUUAGGAGAAAACAGUAUCCAAAACUACACACUCAGUCCCAAUGAGCAUUUCCGACUAUAUGUGAAAAGCAACAAGGAUGGAAGGAAAUAUGUGCAUCUUGUUCUGCAGAAGCCACUGGACAGGGAGAAUAACUCACACUUUGGAUUGACCCUCAUGGCUGCAGAUGGAGGGGUGCCACAGAGAACAGGAACAGUUCAAAUUAAUAUUGAUGUUCUUGACAAUAAUGACAACUUUCCUCUGUUUACCCAGCCUGAAUAUAAAGCUAGGUUAAAAGAAAACAGCCCACAGGGCACUCUGGUCUUCAAAGUGGAAGCCACAGAUUUGGAUUUUGGUUCAAAUGCACAGAUCACCUACUCAUUCCACCAAGCACCGGAAAAAAUAUACAGUUUCUUUCAUUUAAAUGAAAUAAAUGGAGAAAUCACCCUUUCUGGUCAACUUGAUUAUGAAAAAGAAACCAGCUAUGACAUGAACAUCAGAGCAACAGAUGGAGGGGGUCUCUCAGGUCACUGCAAGGUCCUGGUAGAGAUUGAAGACGUGAAUGACAAUGUCCCUGAAGUGUCCGUCAUAUCCAUCACUAGUCCUUUGGCAGAGGAUUCUCCCCUGGAGACACUUGUGACUCUCUUCAGUGUCACAGACCAAGACUCUGGAGACAAUGGCAGAACCAUGUGCUCUGUGGAGACAAACCUUCCCUUUGCCUUAAAACACACAAUGGAUAACUAUUACCAGCUUGCAGUCCAAAGUCCCUUGGACAGAGAGAAGGUCUCAGAGUAUAAUAUCACCAUCACAGCCAUUGACCGAGGCUCCCCCAGGCUGACUUCAACAAGAAUUAUUAACGUUCAGAUCUCAGAUGUCAAUGACAACCCUCCAGUAUUUGAAACGUCUUCAUGUGAAAUGCAGGUACGGGAAAACAAUAUUCCAGGACUGCUCAUUGGCUCAGUCCGUGCUGCUGAUCUGGACAUCGAGACGAAUGCCAAGGUCACCUACUCCCUUUUGCCUGGGAAGGUCACUGAUGGCCCUGUGGCCUCUUACAUCUCAGUCAACUCUGAAAGCGGAAAUCUGUAUGCCCUCCGAUCCCUGGAUUAUGAGCAGAUCAAAGACUUCAAAGUGACAGUGAGGGCUACAGAUGGAGGGUCUCCUCCCCUCAGCUCAGAAGUUACUGUCCGAGUCAUUGUCAUAGACGAAAACGACAACGCUCCCUUCUUCCUCUACCCUCUUCAGAACAGCACAUCCCCCUGCAAUGAGCUGGUCCCCAAGUCGGUGGAGGCCGGCUACCUGGUCACCAAGGUGGUGGCUGUGGAUGGAGAUUCUGGCCAGAACUCGUGGCUUUCCUAUGAGCUGCUGAAGGCCACAGACCCUGGUCUUUUCAGCCUAGGAGCCCAGAAUGGGGAAGUGAGAACCAGGAGAGCCCUGAGCGAGCGAGACACCAGCAAGCAGAGACUCCUGAUAGUGGUCAGGGACAACGGGCUCCCUCCCCAGAGCAGCACUGCCAUGCUCCACGUCCUUCCUGUGGGUGGCUUUUCAGAUCCUUAUAUGAAGGCUGUGGAGGUCAGUAAAGAGGAACAGGAAGAAGAUGGGACCUUGACCUUGUACUUGGUGAUCUGCCUGGCUGCAGUCUCCUUUGUGUUCCUUGUUUGCAUUGUUUCUUUUGCUGCCAUCAAGAUCUGCAGGAGGGAUCCCAGGGAAAGUUUUAUCGCUGCCCCUCCUCACUUCCCACCGGCCAGACCCGACAUCCCAGAGAACGGUGGCGAUUCUCAGAGCGGGUCGCUUUCCAGGAGUUACCACUACGAUGUGUGCUUAACCGGCCAGAGCAUCACUCUCUGAAGACGCUGCUCCCAGAUCUGGAGCCCCGGGUUGCAUUGUUAAUCAGGCAACUGGGGCAAAUAUAAACUGUAGUCAAAAUGACUGGCUUACCUAUCAAUAGAUGAGGACGACCAA